CCCGCCUUGGUUAUUACAUAUUUGUGCACCUCGGAAGAAUCAAUUUCACAGGAAAUGAAGUCAGCGUUAGUAGCCACCGCGGUGGCAUUUGUGCUCUGUCUGAGUGUGGAAACUUCCUUUGCUCAGAUCAUCAACAUCGGCCAAUGUCCCGAAGAUGUGGAAGUAGUGCAGAAUUUCGACGUGGAAGCCUAUCUAGGUCAAUGGUACGAAAUUUCCCGCUACGAACAAACCUUCCAACGCAACGGCGAGUGCACCCAAGCACACUACUCCGUGAACGAUGACGGAUCCGUUAGAGUGCAGAAUCGUCAGCUGGUUCCGCCUAGUUCACUGUUUGAACAGGAAAUUGGACGGGCUGUGAUUUCGUUCCCAGAUGAGGAUCCUCUGCAGGCCAAGCUGAACGUUAGUUUCGGUGGAAUGCCUCCAAUCAGCUCCAACUAUUGGGUUCUGGACACGGACUACACAGGAUUCGCAUUCGUGUUCAGCUGUUUCCCCGUCAGCGAUAACAUCAAAGGAGAAAACUACUGGUUGCUUUCGAGAACCACUGAAUUGCCGGCAAAUGCGCAGGAUCGCGUUGAAGAGCUUACCGAAAAGUUCCUGAUUCGGCGCCAUAUCAGAGUUACCAAGCAUGAUCUUUAUUUCUGCGUUAACGAAGGAAGUACGGAAUCUACGGAAACUACGGAAACCACGGAAGCUCCUGAAACUACGGAUGCUAUGGAACCCGGAGAAAGUCCUAACUCACAUGCCAAGGUCGAAGAUAAGCGAAGCAAGCGGGUCUACCCUUAAACACUGCCACGGAAAUUAAACCAAG